AUGUGCGUAACAAAAUAUUUAUUCGCUUCUCAUCGUACACCCCCCUCUCUCUCUCUCUCUCUCCCUCUCUCUCUCUCUCUCUCUCUCUCUCUCUCAAUAAUGAGCAAUUUAAUGGGACGGAACAAAGAGAAGCAAAAGAAGAACAUGAAUUGCUUCUUUCUCACCCUCUCUUCUUCUUCUUCUUCUUCUUCUUUCUGUCUGUCUGUCUGUCUCUCUCUCUCUCUCACACUAUUCUCUCUCUCUCUCUCUCUCUCUCUCUCUCUCUCUCUCUCAGCUCUCUCAGCUCUCUUCUCUCUCUCCGCUAUUACUGGCACGUCUCACAGGUUGUCACAGUGCUGUGACGAAAACCUGUCAGGUGGCAGUGGGAUGGAAGAAGAGAGAGACAGCCUUACUUAUGAUCCUCUUUCUGAGGAUGGCGAAAAUGUGAAUGAGCCGGCAGCUCGACAAACCGAGCUACAUGUUUGGAGGUCUGUGCCAUUUCUUGGAGUCUCAGGUCGAUAUCGCUUCCAAAAUAACAACGCCUUACAUGACAAAAGAACAACAUCUCUUCCACACUUUCCACUGGGAUUCGAACUCCUGCAAGCCGAAGAUGAUGCAGAUAACGUUCGGUGUGAAACAUAUUCAAACCCACUACAUCCGUUCAAGAAUCUGCUUGUUGUUUGUGUGGGUCAUAUGCUGUUCAGUGUGGCUUACAUAUCUCUUCGAAAUCUACAGAGUAGCAUGAAUCAUGAAAAAGGACUUGGCCUCACAUCCUAUUGCUGGAAUCAGCCAAGAAAAAUGUGGACGGCACUUGGAACUUACAUGACGCAUAUAUCCAAAGUCGCCGCACAAAUUUAUAACAAAUCGAUUGAAGGAGUUUCGAGUAAAUAUUUUGGUAUGCUGUUUCUAUUCGAUGCCAUAGCUCGAGUCAUUGGUUCACUUGUAACUUCUCUCAUGAUGGAAUUUGCUCCCCUUGUGAAUGCAAACACUACUACCAAGCCAAACUUGAAUACUUUUGUUAUUAAUGACUCUUAUGAUGCUCUGCAAUCACCUUUCUCACAGGAAAACGUAUCAAUACUUCUUUUGAACGCGUCAUCACCAUCGUUGAUAUCUUUGACAACCAUAUCAUCCCCAGUUUCUGUCACUACAUUACAAGAAAGUGAUCUUUUCAUUCCACUACAAGAAGACAUUUGUGGACCCAAUUUCUGUCAUUAUGUUUGGAGAAACCACAACAGCUUUGACAUUUCUUCAGGAAUGCGUUUCCUUUUAACGGGAAUCUUUUCGAUUUGUUUGAUAUUCUCUGUCUUACUUAUAGCAUUUUUUAUGGACGCCGUGUACCUGACACGUAAGAUAGAACAAGACGAAGACUCGUUCACUUCUGACUUGAUAGCCGUGCUCAGAUUAUGGACAGAACCAAAAUGGUUGCUCCUUACUCCUUUAAUCAUCUAUUGCGGUGUCCUCAUCUCAUUCAUUUCAGCCGACGUUACAAAGGCCUUCAUGACAUGUUAUCUAGGAAUCGAUGUCAUUGGUUAUUUGAUGACUUGUUUUGGAAUAUGUGCUGCAAUUGGGUCAUUUGCUUCUGGUUAUAUUGUUCCAAUAACUGGAAGAACGUCGAUCUAUAUUACAGGUCAGUAA